AUGACUUCCCUCCCGGCAAACGUUGUGCCUGUCGGCCAUGCGACUGUCUCCCCAGAGGCGAAGGCGCCUCGCUCGAUCUCAAUCAACGGGUUUCGCAUAUCCACGCAGAAAUUACCCAUUCUCAAAGCGGAGCCCAUCGAGGAAAUGACGAACAAGCUGGGCAUUGCACCACCCGAGAUGAUUUUCGGCGAUAAUUUUGUUGCAAUCGAGCAUGAGAAGAGUGACUGGGCAAUCCAGUUCAACGCAUUGGACGCAUUGGACCUUGUGGACAAGACCGGCGAGUCAAUGCUUCAAGUCGCAUAUUCGCGCGAGUGGCAACAAAGCAGAGAAAAGACCCACGAAGGCAUCAAAGAAGUCGUGAAACCGUUCGAUUGGUCCUACAGCACCGACUACAAAGGCACCCUGCAUCCCAAUGCGCCCCCAUUCGAGAAAACAACAAAACCGAUCCCUGUUGAAUUGUUGAAACGUCCUGACCCAAUUCUCUUUUUCGACGAAGUGGUCCUUUACGAAGAUGAACUGGCUGAUAACGGAAUCGCAAUGCUAUCUUGCAAGAUCCGCGUGAUGCCAGGAAGACUCCUACUACUCUCUCGAUUCUUCAUGAGACUAGACAACGUUUUGGUCCGACUCCGAGAUACCAGAGUGUAUGUGGACUUUGAGACACGUGAGGUGAUUCGGGAAUACCAGUCCAGGGAGUGUGAAUAUGAGAAAGUCCGACAGACACUAGCGGCCACCCGAGACGACAUACCUGCUUUUAUGAGAGAUCCCAAUCAGCUCUCAGAAGUACUCCCUGUGGUAGGGAAACACUCUGAGCGAGUGGUCCUCGAUGGUUGA